CCUUUAUGAUGAAGAGAAGAGAGGAUGCGUUGGACAUUUUGGGAUUGCAUCCGCCCACCGGAUAACUUGAACUGAGUGCAUGAAUGAAGAGCUUUGAAGUUAUCUUUGCCACAAAGGCAGCAGUGAACACGCCCCCACUCUGCGCCUGGUGGUGUUACAUGUGCCCGAGUGCAGGCAGGCAGUUUUGAAAGCAGUUCCUGAUAGAGACGACUACCGCUCCGCUUCUACACUGGCAGAGAGCGUGAGAGAGCGAGCGAGUGAGGGAGAGGGAGAGAGAGAGACAGAGGGAGAGAGAGAUUCUCCUCCAGCGCUGGCUCCACAUUUACACGAUGGCAUCGGACCCGGGGCUGCUGCCCCUGUUAGUGUGGACUAUAUCCAUGCAGGUCCUGGGCUCCAGAGGAACGUCCAGCAAUGAAGUCAAUCUCCUGGACACAACCAAAAUAUCAGGAGACUGGGGCUGGCUGACGUACCCAUCACAUGGGUGGGAUGCAAUCAACGAGAUGGACGAGUAUUUCACCCCUAUUCACACAUACCAGGUGUGCAACGUCAUGAGCCCGAGCCAGAACAAUUGGCUAAGGACCAACUGGAUCCAGCGAGACGGCGCCCGGCGCAUUUACAUCGAGAUGAAGUUCACUCUCCGAGACUGCAACAGCAUGCCAGGUGUGCUCGGCACCUGCAAGGAGACCUUUAACCUCUACUACUACGAGACCGACCGCGACGUUGGGACGACCAUCUGGGAGAGUCAGUUUUCCAAAAUCGACACCAUUGCAGCCGACGAGAGUUUCACUAACGUGGACUUAGGCGUACGGAGACUAAAGCUCAACACGGAAAUUCGUGGCGUGGGGCCGCUCAGCAAGCGCGGGUUCUACUUGGCGUUCCAGGAUAUAGGCGCUUGCAUCGCCGUCGUGUCGGUGCGGGUUUAUUACAAACGCUGCACGGGCAUGGCUCGAAAUCUGGCCAUCUUCACGGAUGUGGUAACCGGGGCGGACUCGUCGUCGCUCGUGGAGGUCAGAGGUCAGUGUGUGGACCAUGCGGAAGAAAGAGACACGCCCAAGAUGUACUGCAGCGCUGAGGGGGAGUGGCUUGUUCCUAUUGGACGAUGCGUGUGCAGCGCGGGGUUUGAGGAGCACAGAGAUAACUGCAUUGCCUGUGAGGUGGGUUUCUUUAAGCCCGUGGCAGGUGAUCAGCUCUGUUGGAAAUGUCCUCUUCACAGUCAUUCAGAGACGAGAGCGGCUGUUAGCUGCCCGUGUGAUGCAAAUUUCUAUCGCACUUCUACAGACCCACCUGCUUCUCCAUGCACAAGACCUCCGUCAGCUCCUGUAAAUGUCAUAUCAUCUGUGAACGGCACCUCCGUCAGUCUCGAGUGGAGUUCUCCUCUGGACAGGGGAGGCCGCAGCGAUGUCGUCUACGAUGUGAUCUGCCUAAAGUGUGACAAAGAUGGAACUCAUUGUGGGGACUGUAAAGGCGUCACCACGGCGAGGAACAGAGUGGAGAAUAUCAAUGGCGGUCAUGGAGAUACCAGUGGAGCUUCUGGGGGAAUGAGCGGAGGAACCGUAAAUGGGGUGGUGGUGGCACGGACGGGUGCGCCACCCAUCCGCUUUAUCCCUCAGCAGACCGGGCUUACGGAACCGUGGGUGACGGUGUUGAACCUCGCCGCUCACGCCAACUACACCUUUCGCAUCGUGGCGCUGAAUGGAGUUAUGCACCUGAGCAAUGAGCUGCCCCAGUCUGUGAUGGUCAAUAUCACCACAAAUCAGGCAGCUCCAUCUCAAGUGAUGGCUAUACGUCAGGAGAACGCCAGUCAAAACAGCGUUAUGCUCUUCUGGCACGAACCGGCCCAGCCGAACGGAGUUAUUUUGGAGUAUGACAUCAAAUAUUAUGAGAAGGACAAUGAACAGCAGAGUUACGCCACGCUGAAGUCCAAAAACACCAGCGCUAAAGUGUCAGGCCUGAAGCCCGGCACGAGCUACAUCUUCCAGAUACGAGCCAGAACCUCGGCCGGCUGCGGUCGUUUCAGCCAGUCGGUGGAGAUACAGACGGGUAAAGCAAUACCCCUACGAUACACUAACAUGAGGAUCAUCUGGAUCUGCAUGGCUUUAAUAACCGGACUGGCGACGUUUCUGGCCGUUGUCAUCUGCAGAAAACGACGUUGUGGAUACAGUAAAGCUUUCCAGGACUCGGAUGAAGAGAAGAUGCACUACCAAAACGGCCAUGUAUCAUUUCCAGAAGCCAGAUUUUAUAUUGAUCCCCACACAUAUGAGGACCCCUGCCAGGCUGUCCACGAGUUUGCCAGAGAAAUUGAAGCGUCCAGGAUCAAAAUAGAAAAAAUCAUUGGUUCAGGAGAGUUUGGUGAAGUGUGCUACGGCCGGAUGAAGCUACCAGGAAAACGUGAUAUCCCCGUGGCCCUGAAGACACUUAAAGCCGGUUACACUGAGAAACAGAGGAGAGAUUUUCUCAGCGAGGCCAGCAUCAUGGCACAGUUUGACCAUCCAAACGUCAUCCAUCUGGAGGGGGUUGUUACUCGCAGCAAACCAGUAAUGAUCAUCACAGAGUACAUGGAGAACGGCUCUCUGGACUCUUUCUUGAGGAGACACGACGGGCAGUUCACCAUUAUUCAGCUGGUUGGGAUUCUCCGUGGCAUAGCGGCUGGCAUGACUUACCUGGCCGAUCUGGGGUACGUCCACCGGGACCUGGCUGCCAGAAAUGUUCUGGUCAACAGUAACCUAGUGUGCAAGAUCUCAGAUUUCGGUCUGUCACGCGUAUUAGAGGACGACCCUGAUGCUGCCUACACCACGACUGGGGGAAAGAUUCCGAUUCGUUGGACAGCACCAGAGGCCAUCGCCUAUCGAAAGUUUUCCUCUUCCAGUGACGUGUGGAGUUAUGGAGUGGUGAUGUGGGAAGUGAUGUCAUAUGGAGAACGGCCAUAUUGGAACUUGACCAACAGAGAUGUGAUAAAGUCCGUAGAGGAAGGUUACAGGCUUCCUGCGCCAAUGGGCUGCCCGGGUGCCCUACACACCCUAAUGCUGGACUGCUGGCAGAAAGAUCGCAACGAAAGACCCAGAUUUUGCCAGAUCGUCACAGUCCUGGACAAGCUGAUCCGAAACCCGGAGACCCUCAAGUCAAAGGAGACAUUGUGCAGACUAAACGGUCCUUUGAUGAACAGAAGUAUUCCUGAUUUCGCCAGCUGCCGGUCGGUGGACGAGUGGUUGGACACCAUUAAGAUGGGCCGUUAUAAGGACCGGUUCGCCGCGGGAGGGUACCUGACUUUAGGCCAUGUGAUGAGCAUGAAUCAACACGACAUGCAGAGGUUGGGGGUCACGUUGAUGGGCCAUCAGAAGAAGAUCAUGACCAGCGUUCAGGUGAUGAGGGCUCAGAUACUGAACCAGAGCUUCCCGUCGGUGCACAUAUAAUGCUGGACCUUUCCGAACCACCAGAAUAUAAAGACAUGUUGAUCUGAUGUGUUUGAGUCUCGUGUAUGAACUUCAAAUGAAGCGGAAGCAGAACCUCGCGUGGACAGCUACUGAGAAACACGAGCGGUUUUCUUCUUCAACAAGACAUUCUGCAAUGAUUUUUCUCUUUACUUCCUUUUGUAAGUGUAUGGACUGCCUUAAAUGACACGAUUUAUUUAAAUAUUGUUGUACAUGGAUAAAGAUUUUAUGAAUAGAGAUAUGAGUAUGUAAAAAGGACCUUAUUAAUAUUAAAACGAUGGGAAUGAAUAUGCGUAGUGUAAAUGUUUGCCACACCCACCACAGCACCUCAAGGGCAUCAUGGAUAAAACUACGAGUGCCUCAAAUGCAAAAAUAUCACAGCAUACGGACUGAAAAAAUGAGAUGUCAUAGUUUAAGCAUAAAAGUGAUGACAAACCAAGACACCCGAGGAACGUCUGGACCUCUUUCACAGAAAUAUGGACGAACACUGAAUUAGUUUCUGUUUUGCCUCUGUGGUCGUACAAAAGGGAAAAGGUAAUUAUGUAUGUCAUGUGUUUGAUUAAACACCCUAAAACUGAA